AUGGGUCAGCCAAAUCAACCGGAUCGUUUUACCUGCCCGGGAGUCAACGCUUACUUCACCGCUGCUGUUCUAUUUGGAAGCCUCGGUGCACGGAAAAUGUUCGGAGCGAACGGAACCUACAUGACCUUGCUAUAUGCCUUCCCCAUUGGGCUCGGCUUGCCGUUUGUUUUACAAUUCAUUCAGAAAAGGCUUCCUCGGAAUCACUGGUUUAGUGAAGUUUACCCCGUCAUGUUCCUCGCUGGAGGAAUGCAUUGGUCUCCCUAUAAUAUUGCCUACAUGUGGCCUUCCGUACUUCCCGCCUAUCUUAGCAUGAAAUAUGUGCACACGCGGUACCUUGCCUUCUGGGCGAAGUACAAUUAUGUCUUGUCAGCCGCUCUGUCAACCGCAAUCGCCAUUGCUGAUGUCAUUAUUUUCUUUGCGAUUAGCUACAACUCAGUCAAGCUUCCAUGGUGGGGAAAUGAUUCGGAGAGUGGAUGUGAGGCAAGCUACUGCACACGGCUUAAGGUUCACAAAGGCGAAUACUUCAGUCCUCGCAUUGGAGCUUAG